UAACAUCGCCCACUUUCCCGCUCGGUCGUGGCGGCUUGACAGUGAAAUCGAGUUUGGUCUCGCGCACGUGUUGGCGAACUUUAACGUGCCUGUUUGUGGGGCGCUGUGGGAGCGGACUUUACUUUGGAUGUAUUAGUGGUGUUUGCCGCAUUUUACCACAGUGAUAACAUUGUUGAGGAAACAUAGUGCCUACAGCAGCACUUGCCUUUUUCUGGUAACAUAGUGACUUAUCAGUGUCGAAGCAUUGAUAUCCGAGAAGGAUAAUGAAGAUCGGUGAGAGCAUACAUAGUUGUGUCGGAUUUACCAUGUGUCAGUGAGAGUUAGUGGUUGUUCCGAGUGUGUCCUGGGAUACAUUGAAGACCCUCUGGGAGUCUCUUGCGCAUACUUGUAACAAUGUAUUGCGAUCAGGAUAUGUAUGAGAUUCCUGCGGACUCUCAAGUCUUGGUGGACAAGACUGUGAUCGAGUUUGACGGGACGACUGUGUUGUGCCGGGUGUGUGGAGACAAGGCCUCAGGUUUCCACUAUGGCGUACACUCGUGCGAGGGCUGCAAGGGAUUCUUCCGCCGCAGCAUCCAGCAGAAGAUCCAGUAUCGCCCCUGCACCAAGAACCAGCAGUGCUCCAUUCUUCGCAUCAACAGGAACCGAUGCCAGUACUGCAGGCUCAAGAAGUGCAUCGCUGUGGGCAUGUCGAGGGAUGCUGUGCGCUUCGGGCGUGUGCCUAAGCGCGAGAAGGCCAAGAUCCUGGCCGCCAUGCAGAGCGUCAACGCCAAGUCCCAGGAGAGGGCCGUCUUGGCAGAGCUGGAGGAUGACACCCGCGUCACCGCCGCCAUCAUCCGCGCCCACAUGGACACCUGUGACUUCACCAGGGACAAGGUGGCGCCCAUGCACCAGCAAGCUCGCACACACCCCAGCUACACACAGUGCCCGCCCACUCUGGCGUGCCCACUGAACCCUCGGCCAGUGCCCCUGCAGGGUCAACAGGAGCUCGUGCAAGACUUCAGCGAGCGCUUCUCUCCCAUCCGCGGCGUCGUAGAAUUUGCCAAACGUCUGCCAGGCUUCCAACAGCUGCCACAGGAAGACCAGGUGACACUCCUGAAGGCAGGCGUAUUCGAGGUGCUCCUGGUGCGUCUGGCGGGGAUGUUCGACGCCCGCACCAACACCAUGCUGUGCCUGAACGGUCAGCUGCUGCGCCGAGAGGCACUGCACACUUCAGUCAACGCUCGCUUCCUCAUGGAUUCGAUGUUCGACUUCGCUGAACGCGUCAACAGCCUCUCCCUCAGCGACGCUGAGCUGGCUCUCUUCUGCGCCGUGGUUGUGUUGUCCCCCGACCGCCCGGGCCUGCGCAAUGCUGAGCUCGUGGAUCGCGUGCAGAGGCGCCUCAUCAACUGCCUGCGGGCCGUUGUGACCAAGCAUCACCCCGAGAACCCCAGCCUACAGCGCGACCUCCUCUCCAAGAUCCCCGACUUGCGGACUCUCAACACGCUGCAUUCAGAGAAGUUGCUCAAAUACAAGAUGACUGAGCACACCGCAGCCGGCGCUCCCUGGGACGACUCCCGCUCCUCGUGGAGCAUGGAACAAGAGAGCAGCGUGGGCUCCCCCUCAUCUUCCUACACCGCCGACGAGGCCAUGCUCCCAGUGUCGUGCUCCGAAUCCAUCUGCUCCGGCGAGUCCGCCAGCUCCGGCGAGUCGCUGUGCGGAAGCGAAGUGUCCGGCUACACGGAGCUCCGGCCUCCCUUCCCCCUCGUCCGCCGGCGCCACGACCACUCCGAAGGUGCUUCCUCGGGCGACGAGGCGUCCGAAUCUCCUCUGAAGUGCCCCUUCAGCAAAAGAAAAUCGGAAAGCCCCGACGACUCGGGAAUCGAGAGUGGGACCGACAGGAGUGACAAGCUGUCCUCCCCGUCGGUGUGCUCUUCCCCGCGGUCGUCCAUUGACGAGAAGAGCGAGGAGGACCGCGAGGACGACAUGCCAGUGCUGCGCCGCGCCCUGCAGGCGCCCCCCAUCAUCAACACGGAUCUGCUCAUGGAGGAAGCCUACAACAAGCCCCAUAAAAAGUUCCGUCCGCAACGUCGGGAAGAAGAGCCCCACUCCUCCCAGCCCACCUCCUCGCUCCUGGAGCAGACGCUGUCGCAGCCCCCGCACCACCAGACUUCCUCUCUGGCUGCCACGCACGCCACCUUAGCCUCCACUCUGGCGUCAACACUUAGCUCGCCGAGCUUAGCUGCCUCCCACUCCACUCUCGCUCGCACCUUGCUCGAGGGAUCCAAGAUCUCCGAGGACGCCAUGCGCCGCGCCGACAUCCUGCACUCCAUGAUCAUGCGCACCGAGGUCCGGGAGCGGUUACCCACUCCGCGAGUGUCUCCUGCACCUUAUUACGUCCCACAGCCCGCUGUGGACCGUGUACAGCCUCCAGCAUCUUCCUGGUCGUGCCCAGCCUCUCGCGGCAGCAGCAGCAGUAGCAGCAGCAGCAGCACUAGCGGUAGCCUAAGCCCCAUGCAACCCACCGUAACCGCACAGCCACGGCUGCACCUCCUCACAACACCCACGCCCUCGCGCUACUACGAGUCGAGGAUGUCGGCCACACCGGUGGGGCUCGGGGCACAGCCGUCAGGCUCCCCAAGUGCUUCCAUGAUACAUUCAGGCUUGGGUGCUCAGCCCGGCCAGAGGGAGCUCCCCCUCGUCGAACUGCAGGUCGACAUCGCUGACUCGCAACCGCUCAACCUUUCCAAAAAGACGCCGCCGCCGACGCCACGGGAGUUCGUCAUGGAAGCGUAAUGCACGGUUGGCCAGCGCUUACCCGAGUACAAAGCCACUAUGUGGCCCCGAUAUUCUCACUCUCAGGCGGACAGAAAGAGGACAGCGCGAGCAGCCGCAGCGACAAGAGGACGAGGAGAGGAGCGGUAGCGUUAAGAUGGAGGAAGAGGACGCAGCAGCUGCCGCAGCGUGCGGGAGGGUCCUGGAGCACGUAGCGACGUGGGUCAGCGCGUGCAGCGCCUCACCGGUGAUGGUAGCAGGGGCGUUGCUGCCUGCUCCCGACCCACCCGCAGCAGCAGUCAUGUACAGGGGGCGGGCGCCAGUCUAAACCCGCCCUAAACUCGGGCCGCCCCAGGUGGACCCAACACUGGCCGCCCGCCCCGCCCAGCUUGUGAGGGCGGGAUUACCACAGGUAGUCCCGCCUGGGCGAGAGCCUAGUGAUGUACCUAGUUCAGUAUUCAUCGCCUCA